AUGGUCAUCGAGAAUGACAGGGCCAUGAUAGUAAUGGAAUUGGUGCCAGGCGGUGGACUUGACCACUAUCUCCAAAAAAAUACAGUCAGCACAGAAGAUCGAUGUUCGUACGCAUUUGACGUAUCACUUGGUUUGUACUACCUUCACAAUAAGCGGUGCAUGCAUAGAGACCUGGCAUGCAGAAACUGUUUAAUUGAUAAUCAGAGGAACAUUGUUAAAAUAUCAGAUUUCGGUUUAUCCAAGCAAGCAGACAAGUAUAGAAUACGAGGAUCUGAAAGGAUACCGGUGAAAUGGCAGGCUCCAGAAGUGGUGGCCACGUUGCUUUACACAAAAGAGUGUGAUGUCUACUCUUACGGAAUUCUGGUUUGGGAGAUUUUCAAUGACGCAAAACAACCUUUUGAUGAAUAUUCUAAUAAAACCGUCAGGCAACGGCUGUCUGAGCCAAAAUUCCGGCCGCCGUUGUCGAAUGUUAUGCCUAUGGAAAUAAGAAUAAUUGUUGCUGCUUGCUGGAACCCAGUCCCAGAACAGAGACCACUCAUGAAAGACGUGGCAUGGAUCCUCAAAAAGUUCAUCAGACAUACG